AUGUUAAAGGUUCUGGCCCUCCUCCUUCUCAACCUCGUCUGUCACGUGCCAUCCAGCAGGGCAAAUUUCUUCGGCUACUACUUGGACUACUUCAAUCUGAGGGAUAAGUACAUUCCCUACAUAAAUGACAAUAUGGAAGAAAUCAACCGUCACAAGGAACUGAGCAGGAAGGCUAGAGAGGGACUAGCACAGCACUUUGAGAAGCAGCGUAAGAAGAUGGAAAAGAAAUAUGAAUUGUGA